AUGACCAUGUACCAUUAUAGAGCGUGCUUGGUUAAUUUUGGCCGCCAUUUCCCUGCUGUGCCAACUCACGCCCCGGCUCGUGGCAUUGGUAAAGGACAGGGCCGAGCGCAAAUUGCGAGAAACGGUGAACUGGAUAAGAUUAUGACAGCAUCUGUUGAGAUAUUGCAGUCCGAGAACCGGCUCAUCAAUGCCGUCAACGAUUACUACUCAGGCCCCCAUGAUAAUGGCAAACUGAAAUUUUUGUUCACAAGUAGACCCUAUGAGCAUAUACAGCGUGGACUCUCCGAUCUCAUUAAAAAUCUACCCACAAUACAUUUUAGUGGUGAUGUUCUCAAAAGGCAAGGUCCACCGCACACUGAGCGAUCUACCUACUAUGAUGGCGCCCCAGCCGAGAACCUUGUCGGCUUAGACAAAGACGAGCAACUUAUAGAGCUCGGUUUUGAUCUAUUUCGGGAUAGGGCUACCUUAUACUCGACAUUCCUUAUUGAAGACUUCUUGAAGCCUAGUGCAAAACUUGCCCAAAUAGCUGGCCACAUACAUGUCAUAAAUUCUGGUUACUUCCUGCAUUUAUGGGAUUUUAAAGGACAGGUAGGCGUUGCUAAAUGCAUGGUUAGCUAUCUCUUUCUGCAAGAGGAUGACUUGAUCACCGGUGUCCAGUUAGGGAGGGAGGAUGCUGGACUCUGGAAGGUGCCAAUUCUCGACUACUCUAUCAUCCUACAUAACUCAGCCAGCUUUUCACAUAUGUGGAAUCAGAUUGAGGAGGAAACUGGCACCAGGUGGCUGGUUUGGUCCACGAGCGACCGCGAGGGAACUCGUGACAAAUUGGCUGCUAAGGGUUUUCGUUUGCGAUGGUUCGUGCGGUAUAAAGGAAGGCAGUCUCAAACUGUGCCGGGUGAGAGCUUCAGUAUUGAGCAAGCAGACUAGGAACGCU